AUGGGUCUCUUCUCCCGCAAGGAUAAGAGCCGUCGCGGGGACGCUUCCCUGCCCACCUCACAGUCCACAAACAGCUUCGCCUCGUCAACGUCUCGCUCUGUCAUCAACAGAGUGUCGGCUGGAAGCAUUACGCCGGGAAGUCCUCUCUCGCCCAUGUCGCCUGUCAAGCUUCCCAAGAUGGAUCUUCCUCGCCCCCCGGAUCCCCAGCUUGACCCCGCUGGCUACCUGCGCAGCCUCGGCGCCGUUCGCGAACGCACGAAGAUCGUCUUUGACAAGCUCAUGGCCAAUAAAUUACACCAUUUUGAUGUUGAUAUGACCAAGUUCCCUGACGUCGUCACUUUUGUUUCGGGCUUGAUCAAGCGAGACUACGAUGCGCCGUUCAACACGAUCCCCGGCCAUGGUCGCUACCAGCACUUUUGCGUUGGCGGCCGCGAUCGUAUCGCAGACUUGCUCUCCACUUGGCCCUCCACUGUGGAUAACACAGAACGCUGCCGUCGCCUCAUUGACCUGUUUCUCGUCAGCGUCCUGCUUGAUGCCGGCGCCGGCACCUCCUGGAGCUACAAGAGCACGGAAAAUGGCAAGGUGUACAGGAGAUCCGAGGGCCUGGCCAUUGCGAGCUUGGAAAUGUUCAAGACUGGCCUCUUCUCGGGCAACCCCGACAAUAAGUACCAAGUCGAUUUUCAAGGUCUCGCCAACUUGACUGUCGCUCAAUUGGCCGCCGGCUUGCAGUCUAAGCCCGGCAACGAGCUUGCCGGACUAGACGGCCGUACGGACCUGCUGCUAAAGCUAUCCGAUGCGCUCAAGAGCAAGACCGAGUUUUUCGGCGAAACGGGCCGACCCGGAAAUAUGAUUGAUCACCUACUCUCACACCCUUCCACGCAAGCAUCUUCUAUCCUCAUUGUGCCGCUGCCCGUUCUAUGGAACGUGCUCAUGUCUGGCCUGGCCCCAAUCUGGCCUCAGUCGCGCACAUCCAUCGACGGCGUCUCCUUGGGCGAUGCCUGGCCUUGCGCCAGCAUGCCGCAAGGAGCUGGCGCCUGGGAAUCUAUUUCAUUGCUCAACAUGCACUUUGCCGGUACCGAACUCCUGACUGGUCUGCCUGAAUACCGCAACGGCGGCCUCUUUGUGGACAUUGGCGUCUUGAAUUUGAAAAAGGACGAUGUAGAUCGCGGCCUGGAGAAUUACUCAGAUUACUGCCGCCGCACAGGCGUCAAGGGCGUCGAGGUAGCACCCAUGUUUGAGCCCAGCGAUGAUGUCAUCGUCGAGUGGCGUGCGGCCACCGUCGGCCUCCUCGACCACUUGACCCUCGAGGUCAAUAAGCAUAUGAAGAAGGACUUGGCAGGAAACGAGAUGACGCUGGCCCAGCUGUUGGAAGCUGGUAGCUGGAAGGGUGGCCGUGAAAUCGCCGAAAUCAACCGGCCAAAUACGAAGGAGCCCCCCAUCCUCAUUGACAGCGACGGCACCGUAUUUUGA